AUGGAGGACUGGCUCUUCUACUCCCUCACCACGCUCCUCUGCCUCCUCUGUUCGCUCCUGCUGCGCGCCCGCGCCCCAGGCAACAAGGCCCGCCAUGCCGACUCCUCCUCCGCUCUCCCUCCCCUACCCCCGGGCCCGACGCCGCUGCCGGUGCUGGGCCCGCUGCUCUUCCUCGCGCGCCGCGACUUCGACAUCGAGCCCGUCCUCCGCCGCAUCGCGCGGGAGCACGGAAAGGUCUUCACCUUCGCGCCGCUGGGGCGGGCGCGCCCGGGCAUCUUCGUGGCCGACCGCGCCGCGGCGCACCGCGCGCUCGUGCAGCGCGGCGCCGCGUUCGCCUCCCGCCCGCCCUCCACGGGCUCCAGCGCCGUGCUCACCAGCGGCGGCCGCAACGUCAGCUCCUCCCCCUACGGCGCCACGUGGCGCGCGCUGCGACGGAACCUCGCCUCCGGGGUGCUCAACCCGGCGCGGCUCCGGGCCUUCUCCCCCGCGCGCCGGUGGGUGCUCGGCGUCCUCGCCGCCCGCGUCCGCGCCGACGGCCGACACGGGGAGACCCCCGUCGCCGUCAUGGAGCCGUUCCAGUACGCCAUGUUCUGCCUCCUCGUCUACAUGUGCUUCGGCGGCGACCGCCUCGGGGACGACGCGAUCGUCCGGGACAUCGAGGCCACGCAGCGGGAGCUCCUCGCCAACUUCCUCAGCUUCCAGGUCUUCUCCUUCCUCCCGUCGGUCACCAAGCUCGUGUUCCGGCGACGCUGGGAGAAGCUCGUCUCGCUGCGGCGUCGGCAGGAGGAGCUCUUCGUCCCGCUGAUACGCGCCAGGCGGGAGGCCGGCGCCGACGGGGACUGCUACGUCGACUCCAUGGUGAAGCUGACCAUCCCCGAGGACGGCGGGAGGCCGCUGACGGACGGCGAGAUCGUGAGCCUCUGCUCCGAGUUCCUCAGCGCCGGCACCGACACCACGGCCACCGCGCUGCAGUGGAUUCUGGCGAACCUGGUCAAGAACCCGUCGAUGCAGGACAGGCUUCGGGACGAGGUGUCCAGCGUCGUCGGCGGCGCCGACGGCGAGGUGCGGGAGGAGGACCUGCAGGCGAUGCCGUACCUCAAGGCCGUGGUGCUGGAGGCGCUCCGGCGCCACCCGCCGGGCCACUACGUGCUCCCGCACGCCGUGCACGAGGACACGACGCUGGACGGGUACCGCGUGCCCGCCGGCGCGCCCGUGAACUUCGCGGUGGGGGACAUCGGGAUGGACGAGGAGGUGUGGAAGGCCCCCGCCGAGUUCCGGCCGGAGCGGUUCCUGCCCGGCGGCGAGGGGGAGGACGUGGACCUCACCGGCAGCAAGGAGAUCAAGAUGAUGCCGUUCGGCGCCGGCCGCCGGGUCUGCCCCGGCAUGGCACUGGCGCUGCUGCACCUCGAGUACUUCGUGGCCAACCUCGUGAGGGAGUUCGAGUGGCGCGAGGCCUACGGCGAGGAGGUGGACCUCACCGAGAAGCUUGAGUUCACCGUCGUCAUGAAGCGGCCGCUCAGGGCCAGGGCAGUGCCCCGGCGGUCACCGCCGCCCGCCGUCGCAGCUGCUUGA